CUCUUCAAAACCACAUUCUGUUGUUGAAAUAUACGGCAGCCAUAUUGAAAAUGGAAGAUUUUGCUUGUAGCGAUGUGUUUAAUUAGAAAUUUAUAAAUUUUCUGUUGUUUCUUAAAAAGUUAAAAAAAGUAAUGUCUUCUCCUGAAUUGGAUCAUAGGAGUCGUAGAAGCUCUUCAAUUAAAGGAGAUAGAUCAUAUCGUAAAUCUUAUGACGCAUACUCUACAAACUCAAGAGGUGAUUAUGGUCGUGAUUUUUCUGAAAAAUGUCAAGUUAGGGCAACAGGUUUUCCAGCCGAAGUUUCUGAUAACGAAAUAAAAGAUGUUGUUAUACAUGAAAUGGAAAAAUUUGGUGAUGUUUUAAAUAUUCAGUUGCAAGGCCAUGAUCAUAAUAGACAAGCGCAUGUUCUAUUUAGGGAUGACGAUGCAGCAAGAGAAUUACGUCGUUAUUGUUUAGAACGUCAUUGUAAAGUUAUUGCUUUUCAAAGAGCUUUACAUUUUGAUUUUGAUCUUAAUACUAGAAAAACUAGCUCUUAUCGAAGUUCUUAUUCACAAAGUAAUACCUAUAAACCGGCAUAUAGAAAUAAUGAUAAAUACGAUAGAAACGAUUUUAAUGAUAGAAGCUAUACAAACAGUCGAGAUCGAUAUAAUAAUGAUAACCAUAUUAAUCCUAGAGCAACAAGAACGUUAUUUGUUGGAAAUUUAGAUCAAGGUAUUACAAAAGAUGAGUUAAUGAGAAUAUUUGAGCAUUGGGGGGCUAUUGAUGAUAUUGAUGUUAAAAGACCUCCAAAUGGUAUUCCUGCAUAUGCAUUUAUUAAAUACUUAGAGUUGGAAGCUGCUGCUUCUGCCAAAAAUCAAAUGUUUGGUAAAGAAAUCAAUGGAAGACUAAUUAAAGUAGGUUAUGGAAAAACACAGCCAUCCACUCGCUUAUGGAUUGGUGGUCUUGGUCAUUGGUGUUCAUCAGAUUUAUUAAACAGGGAGUUUGAUCGAUUUGGAGCUUUAAGAAAAAUUGAGUAUGUUAAAGGAAGUAGACAUGCAUUUGUUGAAUUUGAAAGCAUUGAUGCUGCCUCUGCUGCUCAUACUGAAAUGAGAGGUUUCCCAUUAGGGGGUCCUGAUCGUAAAAUUAAAAUUGACUAUGCAGAACCAGAUUCUAAUUGCCAUAGCAGUGAUGAUCAUGAUCGCACAUUUGAUUCACAUGACAGUUAUAGAAAUCGCUCAGAUAAAUAUUACUCUGAACAAAACAAUGGAAGAAAAUAUGAAAGACAUAGACGAACCAGUGAGAAUGACGGUAGAAGAAGAACUCGUAGUCGUAGUCCUAUCGAAAAUGACAGACACAAUUAUAAAGAACGUAGUAAAAAAAGUUCACCUGCACUUUUGCCUGUGCAUAACAAUAAAAGUACUGAUUCUAAAUCAAGUAAUGGUCAUAAUUACACUAAAGUUGAAGAAAUAAAUAUAGAAAAUUUAUCAGAUGUUUCAAAACGUUUUGCUGUCGUGUGGAGAGGUGCUUUUGCUUUAAAAAAUAGUGCUUUUCCUGUUAAAAUGCAUUUAAUUGGCGGAAAUCCUGAAUUAGCAAACUAUUAUUUAAGAGGUAUUGGUGCUGGUGCUGGUCCUGCAUUUAAAGUUUUAAAUGUAACACAAAGACUACGAUUAGACCAAUCAAAAUUAGAUGAAGUUGCUCGUAGAGUACAACAUGCUGGUUCUAGCGGUCAUUGUAUUUUACUAGCCUUAGCCAAUGGAGAUGAUGUUGAACUGGAAGAUUCUUACCAAAGAAGACCUUUGAAAAGUUUGGUGACUUAUUUCCGUAAAAAAGAAGCUGCUGGUGUGAUUAUUUUGAGUACUGAAGGUCCUUCAGGAAAACAAGAAGAGACGGGUAUGUUACAUGCUUUUCCUCCUUGUGCUUUCUCACACCAAUAUUUAUUACGAACAGCUCCUAAUAUUGGACCUACUCCAUCUAAAGAGGACCAUUUGAUAGUAAUUAUUGUCAAAGGAAAUAGUUAGUAUAUUUUAGUACGUUUAUACAAAACUUUUUAACAUCAUUUAAAUUACUCAAAGAACUAUGCUUGUUACGCCAAAUCAAUUUACUUUGAUUUUACUAGCAUGUCUAGUAAGCAGUUUAGGUGCAAUUUUGCUUACCUUUUUUCUGUGGUUUUUGCUUGCUUUUAAACUUUUGACUGUAUUUUUCAAUAUUGAAAAGACAUUAAAGUAAUUAUUUUAUUGUUUCUCAACUAGAAUGAAAUAAAAGUGUUUUUUAUUUUACUUUUUUACUUUUUAACUUUCAAAUAAUCUUUUUUUAUUAUUAAAAAAAGAAAGUAUAAUGUAAAAUGUUGAGCAAAUUAAAUCUGGUGAAAUAUUUAUUGUAUUAAUAUUCUGAGUUUAUUUUUGGCUUAAGGCGAAAUAGAUUAUACUUGACCAUUGAUAUAUAUAUAUUAUUCUAAAUAUAUCAGAUUUUUGAUUGUUAUCAAUUUUGAUUUUUCUAUGAAUACAUAAUUUGUCCCUAAGGUUUAUUACUUUUAAAAUAUAAAUAUUCUUUUGUUGUUGUC